AUGGCAGACAAACAAGCGCUGCCGCCCAAUACUGUUCCUAGGCUGGCGAAUUUUGUUCUUGGAGGCGCUAGCGGCAUGAUGGCAGUGGCCGUGGUCCAGCCGGCAGACCUGCUCAAGACCCGUAUGCAACUUCUGGCGCCCAAGGUCAAGCUGUCCACGUUCGUGGUGGCGGAGCGAAUAGUGGCCAAGGAGGGAGUGCUAGGCCUCUACGCAGGGCUGUCCGCGGCUCUGUGCCGGCAGGCGACCUACACAACCAGCCGUCUGGGCUUCUUCAACACCCUUAUGGACAAUCGCAAGAGCUCUGUCGGUCCGCCGAGCUUCCCAACGAAACUCGGCAUCGCCUCCGUGUCUGGUGGCAUGGCUGCCAUUAUCGGGAACCCCGCUGAAGUGGCGCUGGUUCGGAUGACGGCAGAUGGACGGCUUCCUGCCGAUCUGAGGAGGAACUACAGGAACGUGUUCAACGCUAUAGCCAGGAUCACUCGAGAGGAAGGGUUCUUCACGCUUUUCCGCGGCGUGCAGACCUCAGCGAUGCGUUCGAUGAUUGUCAACGCUGUCCAGUUGGGCACAUAUGCCCAGGCUCGUGAGAAACUACUGGAGCGCCACAACGAUGGAAUCAAGGUGCACUUCGCGGCGGCCAUGAUAGCUGGCCUCUGCACAACAUGCAUCUAUUUGCCAGUCGACAUAGUCAAAACCAGAGUACAGAACGCUGCGGCGCGCACUGGCCAGUUUAGAGUUCUGGUGACCACUAUCAGGAACGAGGGGGCCCUCAAGCUGUGGUCCGGUUUCCUGGCGACCUACACGAAACUAGGCCCGCAAACCGUACUCCUAUUUCUAAUUUUCGAGCAGUUGAAAGCGUUAUACUUGAGAAUAUUU